GCCUACACCGUCUAUGUGCCCAUCGCCAUCUUCUUUGUGCUCUGCCCGGUCGCCGUGAGCACCAAGCUUUGGUCGCGCACCCGCAAGGGAGGCACCCUCGGCUGGGAUGAUCUGACCAACGUCCUCGCACUCUUCUUCGCCCUGUCCACUGGCGGCGUGCUGCUCGACUGCUGUGCACACGGCUAUGGUCGGCACUGGGUGACUCUUGCCACCGACGACCAGCACGAAGCCAUGAAGCUCUUCUACAUCAGCCAGGUCACCUACAAGACAAGCAUCAACCUGACCAAGGCGUCGAUCCUGCUGCUCUACCUCCGCAUCUUUGGCUCCAUCCGCUGGUUCAAGUACGCCUGCGCCUUCAUGCUCACCUGCAUCGCCAGCUACUGGCUCGCCUCGACGGGCGGCACCUUGUUCCAGUGCACCCCGAUCCAGAAGGCCUUCAUCCCGUCCCUGCCGGGCCACUGCAUCAACAACCUCACCUUCUGGUACGCCAACGCCGGGUUCAGCAUCACGACGGACCUCAUCAUCCUCGUCCUGCCCAUGCUCCCCGUGACCACGCUCGAGAUCCCGCGCGUGCAGAAGAUGGCGCUCAUGUUCGUCUUCACCCUCGGCAUCUUUGUCGUCAUCACCUCGUGCCUGCGCAUCACGACCAUCGACAUCCAGGCAAAGACCCACGACAAGACCUACGACAUCUCGUCCACCAUGUGGACCGUCAUCGAGAUGAACGUGGCCAUCAUCUGCUCGUGUCUGCCCCAGCUGCGGCCCCUUGUGGUCAAGCUGUUCCCCAAGCUCGUCCCG